AUGAGCAAAAGCACCAUCACUACUACUGCUCAAACCUCAUCUUCUGUAAAGCUUUGGGACUCAUUUUUUGAAGAAGCCAACUCGUAUCAAUUUGAUGCUAAUAUUAAACAAUAUCCAUAUCCAACUUUUAAAAGUUAUAAUAAAUCACGAGUUGGAAAAUUAUUUUUACCAAUUGAGACACUUCAUGAGAGAUACGAAGAAGACUUGAAGAGGGAAAGAAGUGAAACAAUACCUCCAGAUUCCAGUAGUCGUAGUUUUGUUCCUUAUCUCGUAGAGAAUGACUUUGCCUCCGAAAUAAGAGUGUUGGAUAAAGUAUUACUUGUAACAGCCGCCCUCAAUCUCAAACAACAAGAGGCGUUCUCCCAAGUUGAAGACUGGCAGAAGGACCUUGUUGAUCGUGUUUCCAUCGAAAAAUCUUUUACACGAGCGGAUGGAAGUUCAUACGAUUAUGUCUUUAAUUUAGCAGCAGAAGCAAAGUAUUCACAAAUCGAAAAGGAAACUGCUCGAAGAAAUGUCAAGGUAUUUGUAGAAAUGUCUACUGCUGAAAUAUAUCAAGCAGAUAAAAACCCUAGUAAAGAAAAUGAUAAGGCUAAACCAUGGACGAUGUUUUAUGGUUCUGGAGCAACUAUGGGCUUAACUCCUCGUAUUGUCUGUGGUCGAAUUUACAAGUUAUUAGAUGAAGAAAUGAAGGUCCUUUGGUCUAAGGACCUUAAAAUUAAUACUGUCCAUGCAUUGGAAGUUGUACGUGCUUUGUGGCAUGUCGCAACUUGGUAUCAGAAUAAUGACAAGGCCGGUAAAGGAACUUCUAUUUAUAAUUUAGCUGAUUUGGGUAAUACAGAUCAAGAACGAAUUAACAAGUAUCUCAGCAACAUCUUUGGUAUAAAGACUGGAUUUUAUGGCACCAUAACAUCUAAUCUAGCAUAA